GAUUGGUCCUAAUCUAGACCUGGUUUUGACUCUGUUCAGUCCUGGUUUAGUCCUGGUUCAGUCCUGGUUUAGUCCUGGUUUAGUCCUGGUUCAGUCCUGGUUCAGUCCUGGUUCAGUCCUGGUUCAGUCCUGGUUUAGUCCUGGUUUAGUCCCAGUUCAGAGCCUGGUUUAGACCCUGUUCCUCCUGGAUCAUGUCCUCUCCUCACUCCCGCUCGCUCUGCUGCUGCCGCUCUCUAUCGGCCUCUGGGGGGCGCUGUACUGCCCCCCCCUCAGAGCGCUGCCCCUUGGUGGACGUCGCCUCUGCCUCAAACCACGCCCACUUCCACCUGCGCCACCUGCACCUGGACCUGCAGAUAAACUUUGCGGUGAAGGAGAUGAGUGGGUGGUUGGUUCUGGACUUGUCUCCGCUCCGGUCAGGGGUUCAGACUCUGGUUCUGGACUGUCACCCCUCAGUCCUGGUCCGGUCUGUGGACUUGAAGGAUGCGGAGCGACCCCAGGAUCCGCCUCAGUCCCUGGUCUUCACAUCGGAGGGAUUCUCAGAGUUUGGGUCAGCGCUGAGGGUGGGUCUGCCCGAGCUCCGAGCCGGGAGAGAGGUUCAGGUGACGGUCCGGUACAGCACCACAGACGGGCCGGCGGUCUGGUGGCUGGACCCGGAGCUCACCUGUGGACAGACGCGCCCCCUUGUGUUCACUCAGGGGCACUGCGUGUGUAACCGCUCCUUCUUUCCCUGCUUCGACACGCCGACCGUCAAGAGCCCCUACAGCGCCACCAUCAGGGUUCCAGAUGGAUUCACCGUCCUCAUGAGCGCGUCACGGAGCGCGUUCUGCCGAGACGAGCGAGUGUUCCAGUUCUGGAUGGACGAGCCGGUUCCCUCGUACCUCGUGGCUCUAGUGUGUGGAGAACUACAGCACCACGACCUCGGGCCCAGGAGCAGAGUGUGGGCGGAGCCGUGCCUGCUGUCGUGUGCGGUGCAGAAGCUAGGGGGCAGUGUGGAGCGGUGGCUGAGUGUGGCGGAGCGUCUGUUUGGGCCGUACCUGUGGGGCAGAUGCGACUUAGUCUUCCUCCCUCCCUCCUUCCCGAUCGUCGCCAUGGAGAAUCCCUGUCUGACCUUCAUCAUCUCGUCCAUACUGGAGAGCUCCGAGUUCCUCCUCAUCGACGUGGUCCACGAGAUCGCUCACGGAUGGUUCGGGAACGCCGUCACCAACGCCACGUGGGAGGAGAUGUGGCUGAGCGAGGGGCUGGCCACCUACGCCCAGAGACGCAUCACCACAGAGGCCUACGGCGAGGCGUUCACGUGUCUGGAGACGGUCGUUCGUUUGGACGCUCUGCACAGACAGCUGCGGUUGCUCGGAGACAACAGUCCUGUCAGUAAACUGCACGUCAAACUGGAGCCAGGAGUGAACCCGAGCUCUCUCAUGAACCUGUUCACGUACGAGAAGGGUUUCUGUUUUGUGUCCUACCUGUGUGAGCUGAGUGGAGACAGAGAGCGAUUUGACGCCUUUCUCAGGGAGUACAUUUGUGAGUUUAAGUUUAAGAGUGUGGUGGCUCAGGACCUGAUCCACUGUUUCCUCCAGCACUUCCCUGAGCUGCAGAGCGCCCCCAACAGGACAGGUCUGGAGUUUGAUCGCUGGCUGACGGCGUGUGGUGCUCCUCUGUUUGAGCCUGACCUGUCUGUAGGGGGCGCUCUCACUCAGCCUGUGUACGAGCUGCUGCGGCUGUGGAGUGACCCAGCGCGACCCCCUGACCCCGAGAGCCUGGUGAACUUUGACCUCUCCUCCUGGAGCACCUUUCAGAUCGUUCUGUUCCUUGACCGCCUGCUCGACCUCGCCCCCCUGACGCACGAGCUGAUGUCCCGCCUCUCGGCCUGUUACUCCGCCCUCUUCGCCGCGCUGAACGCCGAGGUGCAGAUCCGAUGGCUGCAGCUGGUGGUGAGGAGCCUGUUCUACCCCGAGCUGCCCCGAGUGCGAGACUUCCUCCACAAACACACGUCCAGGAUGUACACGGUGCCGCUGUACGAAGACAUGGCGUCCGGAGCCAUGAGGAGCAACGCCGGCGAAUACUUCAGCCAAUCACAGCGCAGACUCCACCCUAACCUGAGGCGCAGUCUACAGGCACUGCUGCUGCCCAGUCAGAGCGCAGCGGGCGGGCAGGAGGCCAAUCAGAGCGCAGCGGACGGAGGGGAGGCCAAUCAGAGCGCGGCUGAGGGCGGGGAGAACGAGCAGGAGGCCAAUCACAACAGCCCGCUCACUGUCAGUCAAAACUGUGGGGACUGGGGGCAGGAGACGAAUCAAAAUGGAGGAACUAUGGUGAUUCAAAAUGGAGGACAGGCCAAUCAGAACGUCUGGAGCGCUGUGACGGCCAAUCAGAGUGCGGCAGGGGGAGGGGCCCUUGUGCAGACUGUCAAUCAAAGCUCAGAGACACAAAAUGGAGGAAAGCUGAAACUGAACGGAGCAGCGACCAAUCAGGACACAGAGGCUCAAAAUGGAACAGCCAAUCACAGGGCAGCGUGUUACUCCUCAUCCAAUCACGUGUCACCAGAGACCAGGCCCAAUCAGAACGCUGCAUUUUCCACGCAAAGAGACACAGAACUGUCCAAUCAGAUCGCAGCGCACCCAUCAUCUUCUCAGGAAACCAGUCAGAAUGCACCACAGGCACAGACGGCCAAUCACAGCACUGCGCCGUCCCAGAUGCCCCGCCCCUCGUCACCAUUUGUGCCCUGGAGUCAGAAACAGAGUGUCACCCUCACCGAACUUUAGUCCUCGUUUAGACCUGGUUUAGUCCUGGUUUAGUCCUGGUUUAGUCCUGGUUUAGUCCUGGUUUAGUCCUGGUUUAGUCCUGGUUUAGUCCUGGUUUAGUCCCGGUUUAGACCCGGUUCAGUCCCGGUGUAGUUCU